AUGCCGACAUCAAAGGAUGAAGCAUUCAACGAUAAGAACGCAGCACGAAUGAGUGAAGAUCAUACGGUUGUGAUUUGCGAGGAGGUACUGAAACGACGAGAAAUCUUGCUGGACAUGUGCAAUACGCGAGAGACGGAAAUUAAUCGGAAAAGGGCUGAGGCAUGGGAUGAAGUCCAUGUGGCGACGGUGAAGCGUUGUCAACGGAAUCUACGAUUAGAGCAAAUCAAACGCGUGUGGAGGCAUCAGAAGAACCGUGUACGGCAUAUUCUCAACCUAGAAAAGCUCUCGUCUGACACCGAAGUUACGCUGGAGGAUGUUAUAGCGGCCCGAAAAGGUUUCAUGACCGAUUAUGAGAUUGCUAUUGCCCGUGCUUACUUGGAAGUGCCACCGAGAAGUCACUCGCCGGGAAAUCGUCGCCUGGAUGAUCUCGACCUCUCCUUCAAGAGAAGAGCUGAGACGUCACCAACUAUUCGUAUAGAUGAUUCAGUGACCAGUGU